AUGGCAGGCCCUAUGAUCCACAGGGACAUGGAGAAGGAGAGAUCAGGGUACAGUGAGGCCCCAGAAAAGCUGAGCCUGUCCUUCUCCAUUGAUGCUAUCCUGAGGAAGCCCACAGAGAGAAGAAAUAUGCCCACACCACAAAGCAUAGGCAGAGAGGAUUCCAGGCAAACGGCAACCCCAAGUUCUAAGCUAGAGAGGCUCCCACAGGAUCAGCCCAAAGAAGAAAAAAGGAACAAGCGGAGAGUUCGCACUACCUUCACCACGGAGCAGCUCCAGGAACUGGAGAAGCUCUUCCACUUUACCCACUACCCUGACAUCCAUGUCCGGACCCAGCUGGCUUCCAGGAUCAACCUGCCCGAAGCUCGAGUACAGAUCUGGUUCCAGAAUCAGAGAGCCAAGUGGAGGAAGCAGGAGAAAAUUGGAAGUCUCAGUGCAUUGCAGCAGCCUGGGUCCUGUGCUGACACCCACUGCUCUGCCAAGGCUGGUGCCUCCCACAGGGUGCUACCCACUGUCUCAGACUCAGCUCACUGCAAGCUGGUUCCCUGCCCAGGUCACCCUUGUCCCAUGGUACCCGUGGGAUCUGCAUCCCUUGCCUGGCUGUCUCACCCAGCAGCCUUGUGUCCCUACCUUUGUUCUGUCAUCUCCACUCCCCAAGUGGGGCAGCAUCUGUGCCACUUCAACAUAGGGACUGGUUGCUUUCUUCCCAAGCAAGCUACUCUCCUCUCUCAGUGAUGGCAGGCAGCUCUGACCCUCAG